GUAGGAAAAAUAACUUGAGGUGGGUAGAUCCCCACAAUUCAUCCUCCUUAGCUUAUGAAGUAAGAUUGACCAAAAGUGACUUAAAUCUAUUUGCCCUUAUAAACCCGUCAAUCUCCUCAAGCAAAGAAAAAAAUGUUUUCUUGUCCUCCAAGCCCUUGACCCUUUCAUCUCCUUCCUUCCUCCUUUCUUUUCAUUCUCAAGAGAUCAAAGAUUCAUCUCCCAUUCACCAAGCCCUGCGACCCAAGCAAGAGAGAAAAUGGUUUCCUUCCUUCCUAACUGAAUGAUGCUCACUUGUCUUUACCCAUUUUCAGUUUAUUUCCAAGUUCGAAUCCAAGAUUUUGUUCACAUCUUUCCAAAGGGAAAUCCUUGAAGGACAGGAAUAAAUAUUCGGUUAUUUGGCGAAACGAAGCCAUGAGAAAUGGAGAAAUUAUUAGAGAUGCUGCUUUGGGAGCAGCGUUCGGAGAGAUAUUUAAAGGUUUCUUUAGAGGAAUUACUUGUGUAAUAAGAAGAACCAUUCAGUUCCAAUCCAAUUUGGAAGGCCUCAGAACUACGCUGUCUAGACUACAGGUAUUUGUCCAAGAUAUUCGACAGUCACACGAAGAGUUGGGAGGAGAAAUAAAUGGAUUGGUCGAGUUGAUGGAGAAGGGAGAGAAGCUUGUAAAUGAGUGCUCGAAUCUCAAGUGGUGGCAACAUUGCAUCAGAUUCUUUUACGCGCACAAACUCUGGAAGCUGGACAAAGAACUUCUGGUGUUCUUACAGAUAGACAUCAUGGCUCGGAUUAUGAGGAAUUCGUCGACGACUGUGAACAUGGUGAGUGAAAUUCGUGAGAGACUGAAUCGUACCGAGACAAGUACUAUUGAUAUAGAAGUGGAAGUAACCGCCAACCAUGAAGAUCUGGCAGCCGUGCGUGAAGAAGACAAGAUGAGUUAGGGUUCGGUCGUGUGAUGAAGUCUGAAGGAUUAAGGAUUAGGAGAUCUAUGGGCCGGGCUAUUGUGUGGGCCUUGGUUGAGUCAUGAAGUGGCCUUUGAUUGGGCUAGUAGCAGUACUUACGUUUAUGUUGUUUAGUUGGUGUUUUCCUUGUGAAUUGAUUAUCAUUCAUCUGCUGAACAUUCAUCUGCUGAACAUCUUGGUUUGUCCCAAUGAAAAU